UCCAAAUCCACUCCUUGUGUCGCAAACGGUUCGCGUGUCUCCAAAGAAGCUGGAAGCGAGAUCACGAGCUCGCAUGAAGAAGAAUGGACGUUAGAAGUGGACGUUGAUGAACUUAUGACAUAUAACUUGUAACUGAUUUAAGUCAAUCGGGUUCUUAUUGUAUUUUAUUUUUUUAAGCCAGGGACGAGCUUCAGGGGGCUGGUUGGGCCGUAACCAGUUCGUCUGGGUACUGUAGCUUAGCUAUUCGAUUAGUUUGGGUAUCAGUAUCUGCUUUUCGUACUCCAUAGCUUGCGUGGUAGCUACUUGUUGAAGGAUAUAUGGUAGCUAGAUAGCUGGAGGAAUUCAGUGACCUUACCAAAUCGCACAGCGCAAAGUUUCGCCUUUCUAAAGUGGAUUCUCAAAGAUGGACUAACCAGCAAAUAUAUAAGAGGAACCAAAAGACAUGUAACAAGCUAGCUAGCCAACGAACGAGACUGCUAUCCAAGGAAGAAGAAUGCUAUUUUGUGUCUCUAAUUUCGACUAGCUAUGGACGUAGUUGCGGAUGGUUUUACUUUACAGCUAUGGACAUUUUAUAGAUAUAUGCUAGCUACAUAAAUAGUCGAAAGCGUAUUGACAGGCUAGCUAGCCAGUAGUGGAUUUCGCAGCAUCCAAGAUUAGAAUCGUUUGUGGCUGUCACCUAUCAAGCUACAAAUGUGUAGCACGAGUUAACCUAGCUGGAUAAGGAAUUGGUAUUGACACCUAACGAUAGCUAUCUUGUUGGCAAACGUAAUUUGAUUGAGAUUAGUGGUCAUUAUCGAAUUUAGUGCUUUAAUAGUGUACAUUCCGACCCAAAAUAUGUCCUUUUUCAAUUUGCGAAAAAUAUUUAAGCUGGGCACUGAGAAGAAGAAAAAACAGUAUGAGCACGUCCACAGAGACCUGAAUCCCGAAGAAGUUUGGGAAAUUGUCGGUGAACUUGGAGAUGGAGCCUUUGGGAAGGUUUAUAAGGCUCAGAACAAGCAAACAGGCAUUCUGGCUGCUGCUAAAGUGAUUGACACCAAGACAGAGGAGGAGCUGGAAGACUACAUGGUAGAGAUUGACAUCCUAGCCUCCUGCGACCAUCAGUACAUAGUCAAGCUGCUUGAUGCCUUCUACUAUGAGAGCAAACUAUGGAUUCUUAUAGAGUUUUGUGCAGGAGGAGCAGUUGAUGCUGUCAUGUUGGAGCUCGAGCGGCCCCUGACAGAGCCACAGAUCCAGGUCGUGUGUAAACAGUCCCUGGAGGCCCUGUCUUAUCUCCAUGAGAACAAGAUCAUCCACAGAGACCUGAAAGCUGGAAACAUUCUCUUUAGCUCAGAUGGUGACAUCAAGCUAGCUGACUUCGGAGUGUCUGCAAAGAACACAAAGACCCUUCAGAGGAGAGACUCUUUCAUUGGAACUCCUUACUGGAUGGCUCCUGAGGUAGUGAUGUGUGAAACAUCAAAGGACAGGCCUUAUGAUUACAAAGCAGACAUCUGGUCUCUGGGGAUCACACUGAUCGAGCUGGCACAGAUCGAGCCACCCAAUCACGAGAUGAACCCGAUGAGAGUCUUGCUCAAAAUAGCAAAGUCUGAGCCCCCCACACUUUUGCAGCCUUCACGAUGGUCUCCAGAGUUCAGUGAUUUCCUGAAGAAAGCGUUGGACAAGAAUGUAGACCAGAGAUGGAGCACUACUCAACUUAUGCAGCAUCCAUUUGUUGCAAGUGUGACUAAUAACAAACCUCUGCUUGAGCUGAUUGCUGAGGCCAAAGCAGAAGUGUUUGAGGAGAUUGAGGAAGGCAAAGAGGAGGAGGAGGAAGACGAACCAGACACACAGCUGGACAUACGAGGACACAAACGUGCACUGUCAGAAACCAGUGUUGGGAGCAUAGACGAUGACAAAGUUUCUCAGAACACAUCUGUGUUAGAAUCAGUCAGUGAGAGGGCCGAGCCACAGGCAGAGCCCCGCUCGGCUGAGGUCAGCAAGGGGACCUCCACUGUGGGGGUGCCCUCCAGUCAGCUUGACCAUGCUGAGAAAGAGGCUAGGAACAGAACCACAGAUACCGAACUUAAUGCUGAGGGCUCACAUCCUGGAGACAAGAGUGUGUCAAAGCCUGGAGAAAUCCAGACUCUGGAAACUACUGAUAAGGAGAACACUGCUGAAGAACCAAGUGCCCCAAUGCCAGUCAGCAUGGAGACCCAGGAGGCUGCUGUCCAGAAGGUUGUGACUGUCAGUGAAGAAACUGGAGAAGAGGAGAAGCAGGAGGUUUCAAAGGAAGCAUAUAGAGAGAACCUUGAGGAGGAAAGGAAAAUGGACAAUGUACAAUCAGAUCAAUGGAUGGAGAAGACUGAGGAAUCAGAGCCCAAAACUGCAACAGAGGCAGAAGAGUAUUCUAAACUCAUAGAAGAAACCAAAUCAGAGGACAAGGGUGAUGGCUUUUCCACAGAAGCUAAUGUUGAAUGUAGUGAGGCUGGCGUGGAUGUCACAGCAAAGUCAGAGGGCUCAGUUGAGACUAAAGGAGACACAGGCAAGAGCAUACAAAAUAGACAGCCAGAAAAAGUGGUUGAAAAGACCUCUGCUGACAAGCCUACAAAGGAGGAGAGUAAUGAGGAGGAAGAAAAGAUGAAGCCUCAAGAAGAACCCUCAGAGGACCAACCUAAAAAAGAAACCCAGGAGUCUAAAUCUCAAAGUGAGAAUCAGACCACCACAGUUUUAGAAGACAUUCCUGCAGAGACAAAGAAGAGCGGGAGUAAUGAUGUGGCACCUGUCAUUGUCAUUAAUGGAGAAAAGGAAGAGGAAGACAGUGUGCCACAAGAAACCAGUGAGGAGCAAUCAUUAUCCUCUGAAGCAGCUACAGAAGCUGAUGUGGACCAAAAUACACCUAGGGCAGUUAAACCUGAUGUCGAGAAGGAUUCUGAUUCCGGAAGUAGCUCUGCAGCAGAUACCAACAGCAUUGACAUAAAUCUUUCUAUCUCCAGCUUCCUAUCCAAAGGCAAGGAGGGGUCUGUUUCUAUACAGGACACCAGACGGCAGAAGAAGACUUUGAAAAAAACACGCAAGUUUAUUGUGGAUGGAGUGGAGGUCAGCGUGACCACUUCAAAAAUAAUUACUGAUAAUGACACCAAGAGUGAGGAACUGAGGUUUCUAAGGCGUCAGGAGCUGCACGAGCUGAGGCUUCUGCAGAAAGAGGAGCAGAGAUCCUAUCAGCAGCUCAGCAACAAGCUGCAGCAGCAGAGAGAGCAGCUGUACCGUCGCUUUGAGCAGGAGAUGACGGGGAAGAAGCGCCAGUACGACCAAGAGGUGGAGAACCUGGAGAAGCAGCAGAAGCAGAGCAUAGAGCGCAUGGAGCAAGACCACACCAACCGCCUGAGGGAUGAAGCUAAGAGGAUCAAAGCAGAGCAGGACAAAGAGCUCUCCAAGUUCCAGAACAUGCUUAAGAAUCGCAAGAAAGAGGUCAAACAGGAAGUCGGCCUGUCACCCAAACACAUGAGAAAAGAACUUAUGAAACGCUUAAAGGAAGACCUAGCUGUUGUUCAGCAAGAAGAGGCUGUGGCCCAGGUUAUGAUACAGUCUUUUCAGUUGUCCUCAUGUGCUCUGUUCAACGCACAGAUGCAGGAUGAACAGGAGUUCCUGCAGAAGCAGCAGCAAGAGCUGGAUUGUGCUCUGAAGAAGAUCAUUCAGCAGCACAAGCUGGAAAUCGCCACCAUAGAGCGGGACUGCCUCAACCACAAGCAGCAGCUCAUGAGAGCUCGUGAAGCAGCCAUGUGGGAGUUAGAAGAGCGCCAUCUGCAGGAGAAGCACCAAUUGCUGAAGCAGCAGCUGAAAGAUCAAUACUUCAUGCAAAGGCACCAGCUCCUGAAGAGACAUGAAAAAGAAAUGGAGCAAAUGCAGGGCUAUAACCAGCGCCUAAUAGAAGAGAUGAAGAACAGGCAGGCUCAGGAGAGAGGCCGUCUGCCCAAGAUCCAGCGCAGCGAGGCCAAGACUCGCAUGGCCAUGUUCAAAAAGAGCCUGCGCAUCACUGCCACGGGCACCCCGGAGCAGGACCGGGAGAAAAUCAAGCAGUUUGCUACACAGGAGGAGAAGAGGCAGAAGAAUGAACGGCUACAUCAGCACCAGAAGCACGAGAACCAGAUGAGAGACCUGCAGCUUCAGUGUGACUCAAACAUCAGGGAGCUGCAGCAGCUACAGAAUGAGAAAUGCCAUCUGCUUAUUGAACAUGAGACUCAAAAACUAAAGGAGCUGGAUGAGGAGCACAGCCAGGAGCUUAAAGAAUGGAGAGAGAAGCUUCGUCCCAGGAAGAAGGCUCUUGAAGAGGAGUUCACUCGGAAGAUCCAAGAACAAGAAGUCUUCUUUAAGAUGAGUGGGGAGUCAGAGUGCCUUAACCCCACUGCCCAAAGCAGAGUUUCAAAAUUCUACCCCAUUCCUAGCCUCCACUCCUAGUUUAUAACCCACAUAAUCCUCCUGUAUCUCAGGCACUAGAAGGUUCUAUUGGUAGAACAGCACAGCCUUGUGGUCAUUAUCUAAGUUUACUGUGUGUGCCAGGAGGACUAUUGAGGUUUAAAAAGAAUUGGUCAUAAUGGCAUGAAUUUUACAAAAUGCAAUUAUGAAUAGCUAACAUUAAUCUUAAAAAAAUGUCAGGGGGGUUAGCUUGUGUGUUCCUUUGUCAUCCUGUACAACUAUGAAUCCAAUGGAUUAACUGUUAAUUUCUAUUUCUCUAGUCUGCUGGGAGUUGCAUGAUUACUGCAUUGUCACAGAUUUAUAUAACUAGUACACUCAGGCUGUUAUUUUAUCUUUUGAGGAAAUAAUUAUUGGAAAUUAACAUUUUCUGGAGGGGCUUAGCAGUGCUUUCUUGUAAUCGCUUCGAACUGUGGGAGAUCUGCAACUCAUGUUAGAGUGCAUAAAUUCAUGCUUUAUAAUACAUUAGCUGCCUUUUUAUUAGGCCCAUCUUAGAAUUUGCAUUUUAUUUUUUGUGCCUGAAUUUUCUAUUCAGUAUGUACAUCACACUUUUCUUUGUUUUGAAGUCUGUGCGUUUCAAGUUGGAAUAUGUAUAAUGUCUUUUUUUUUUUUUUUUUUUCGUAUCAAACAGCAAGAAAUUUAGUCUGGUAGGGUUCAGGUUUUUUUUUUUUUCUUGGAAUUUAAAGAGGCAUAACAUUUAAGAUGAUGCCUCCAUUCUGUAAAUUUUGUCUGUUACCCCAAUUCCUCUCAAAAAUGUGCAAAAGAAGUGUCCCUUAAGACAGCUUUAUUGUUAGUUUAUACAAAAUAAUGUUCACACAGCCCUGUUUUUCUCCCAGUUACAGCAACAUUUGCUCUUUAUUUGAAUUUGUUGAAUUGAUCUACUGAUAUUUCUUAUCUAAAUCAUCAACUGCCUUUUCAGAAAUUGUAUGCAAAUGACUAUAAAACUUCAGCUUUUCAUCAUGUGUUCUAUCAUACCACAUAACUUAAUAAAUGUAAGCUGUGAAAGGGAUA